AUGCCACUAACAUUUUCUGUUGUUUUGCCAUUUCAAAAACGGAUAGUGAUUGAUAUGUUGAAAGCCGACAGUUUGCUUAUUCUUGGUCGUGGAAUGGGUUAUUUAAAAAUAAUAUCAAAUUUGAUUUAUGCUUUAGAUGUUUCUAGUUCAUUUAUUUCAAAUUCAUUUGAACGUACUAAUAAUAAAAUAAACAAAAAUAAUUUGAUUAUAGUAUUAGGUACCCGAGAAGGUGAAACUGAUUUUAUAACUCAGGAAUUACGUGAACUUUCCAUUAUUGACGAAAUUUUCAUGAAAUAUAAAAGAACUAAUGGUAUUAAAAUCAUUAAUACUGAUUCUACAGGAACUAUAGAGAAACGCAAAAAACUUUAUACACAGGGUGGAAUUUUUUUUGUAACUGCAAGGAUUUUUGUGGUUGACUUACUUUGCCACGUCGUUAGCCCUACAGUUGUGUCUGGAAUAUUGGUUUCGCAUGCAGAACAAGUCACAGAGACAUCAGCAAUAUCAUUUAUUUUAAGAUUAUAUCGACAACAAAAUAAAGCUGGAUUCAUCAAAGCUUUAUCAGAUGAUGCUGAAAAAUUUUCAGGAUUUUCGCUGUUGGCCACAUACUUAAAAAAUCUUCAUAUCAGUAAAACUAAUUUGUGGCCAAGGUUUCAUGUAAGCGUCACCGAUUCAAUAGAGCUACAACAUCUAGUCUAUCAAAAUAAAACUACUGGACAAUGGAUUAAGCCUCAUGUUAUGGACGUCAAAUCAGUAAUAGAAAUUGAAGUACAAUUAACUCCAUCCAUGGCUAUCAUUCAACAAUCAAUUUUGUCCUGUAUCGAGAUGUGCAUUUCUAUUAUUCGAAAAUUUAACAGCAAAAUAAUUGAUAUGGAAGAAUGGAAUUUAAACAAUGCUCUUAGCACAAAUUUCGAUUUCAUUAUUCGACGACAAUUAGAACCAUUUUGGCACAGAGUCUCACAACAAACAAAAACCAAUGUUUUUGAUUUGUCAACUUUACGCCAGUUGUUAUCAAGUCUUCUUUCUUUAGAUUCUAUAUCAUUUUAUAAGAUGCUGGAAACAAUUUGGAUGACGAAUUCUUCAACUGACAGCUUUAUAAGAGAAGUUCAAAAUUCUUGGAUAUACUUUGAUGACGCAAAUCCUUUGUUUGCAGCUGCAAAAGAACGUGCAUUUGGAAAGAAAGAUUCUAUGAAAUCUAAUACUAGCAGUCCUGAAAAUCAUCGCACUGAAAUAAGUUUAGAUAUUGAAGAAUUGCCAAAGUGGGAUCAACUUGCUAAGAUUUUAGAAGAAGUGGCAUUAACAACAAAACAUCAAACAAAUACCGGUCCAAUAUUGAUUAUGUGCUCUAAUCGGUCUACUGCUCGACAAUUGUCUUUGUAUUUGAAAUAUUCAAAAAAAAUUGAAAAAUCGGGUUCCAUUUUUUUUUCGGGAAAUAACUAUAUGAAAAAUGUACUUAAUGACUACCAAGAAUGGAAGCAUGGAUUUCUCAAAAUCAAAAAGGAGCUUUCGGGAUCAACAAAAAUUUCAGCAAGAUAUGACAGUGUCGAAACCAAAGAAACUGAAGGUACCGAUAAAUCGUCAUCAUCUUUCAAUUACAAUAAAAGAAGGAGAGUUCGCGGUGGGCUUCAAGCAGUUUCUAUCUCUCGCUCCCACAAGCGAUUUAAUUAUGAUCAAAAUAAAGAUAAAGAAACUCUUGAAAAAUACGAGGAGGAUUUGAAAAACUUAGAAAUGAUUUCUGCAGUUUUAGAUAAUUCUUCUUGUGAACCUGGCCGAGAAGAUAUAAAAAUAGCCAGAUCAAACGAUUCAUUUACUGUUUUAAAUAAUAAGAGCCUGAUUGUUAUUCAAGUCUAUGAUCGAUUAAAUCUUGAGUUUCUGCUUCCUGAACUUCAACCAUCCUGCAUUAUCAUGUAUGAACCUAACCCACCAUUCAUAAGAAAUGUGGAAAUUUAUCGAUCCUCUAAUCCUCAAUUACAAGUCAAGGUUUACUUCAUGUAUUAUGGUUAUUCAGUUGAAGAACAAAAGUAUCUUGGUUCAGUUAGACGAGAAAAAGAAUCAUUCACAAAACUGAUUCGUGAAAAGUCAAAACUACCUGUUGUCAUUUCAAAUGAUAUUGGAAAUAAUGGCUCUAGUGAAAUUUUUCGUCACAGAGCAGCAUUAUCAAACAAGGCGACUAGAAUUGCUGGCGGACAGCUUCCUCAAAUUUUGGACGCAAUAACUAUUGUGGAUUUUCGAGAAUUCCGUUCAAGCUUGCCGUUUUGUCUACAUGUUAAUAAUAUGAGAGUAGUACCGGUGAUGCUCGUUGUUGGAGAUUAUGUUCUCUCACCUCGAAUAUGUGUUGAAAGAAAAUCUAUACCCGAUUUAAUAUCAAGUUUUCGUGACGGAAGAAUAUUCACACAAUGUGAAUCAAUGUUUCGUUUCUACGACAAACCAGUUCUUUUGAUUGAAUUUGAUGAAUCGAAAUCUUUCAGCUUAGAACCAUUCAGCGAGGCACCGGGACUUCAUGGACCCGGAAAGUUCACAAAUAUUCCUCCAGAUACAGUCAAAGUGAUUCAAGAAAAAGUUCAGGGAAAGUUGAUGUUACUCCUGUUACAGUUCCCUCGGCUAAGGAUUAUUUGGUCUAUGUCACCUCGGCAUACGGCUGAGAUUUUUUAUGAUCUUAAGUUGUUGGACUCCGAACAACCAGAUCCAUUGAUUGCGGGGAGCUGUGGGAUAGAUUCAAAUAUGUUGAUUUCUAAGUCAGAUCAAAAAUACAAUCGCCCUGCUAUUGAUAUUCUUAAAACAAUUCCAGGAAUUAAUCCUCAUAACUUUCGAACGAUUAUCGAUCGUUUAAAUUCAUUGCAAGAUCUUUGUUCAAUUUCUAAAGCUGAUUUGACAAAACUUAUUGGAAACGAAAAUGCACAAAAAGUAUUAAACUAUCUUAAUAAAAAUUUACUUAAAUAA